AGGUUUCACUCUGCCGGAAGUGUAGAAGAAAUCGUUAUCUGACGUGCUUUGAGCAUCCUUCGAUUGUCAAUAACAAUUUCACAAAUUUUGUCAUUCACAGCCAAUGUGCGUGUGAGUUUCUUCUCCCGUUUCGGAAACAAGAUUCUACCAAACACAUGUGAACAUAGGAAACAUGAACAAGAAAACCAGCUGGGAAUUUGAAUGAUCACUUCGCCAAUCUGCUUUAAGAAGUUGAAUAAGUGGAGAGGUGUGUGGGCUGUGAAGACUGGAGGUCAAAGUUCAGGCUGAAGAUGGUCUGAUGGACCGACGCUUUGUGCUGACCUUCAUCUUCUGCUCUGUGUCCUGGGUGCUCUUCUGGGAAGUGCGCUGGAAGAAAGCAAAAGGAACUCAGAUUGAAGAAUGGCUCCAAAAACACCGCUUGUCUGAGUACAAGCACUUAUUUGAGGAUGUGCAGACACUGGAGGAGCUGAGUCUGAGUGUGCUCACACGGCUGGAGGAGGUUGUGCAAGAACAGCGGCACUGGUGGGACAUAUCUGAAGCCCACAUCCAGCUCCUCAGAGACUUUGCUUUCCAGGAGUGGCUCAGCUCCCAGAGUCUGGAGCACUACUACCACACGCUGAAAACACUGGGUUGCACAAAUUUGGAUGAUCUGGCCCAGUUCGACAGCCAGCUGCAGCUGUCUUUGGCCGCGUGGGGCUACUAUUACGAGGACUACAUCAAGCUGUCCACUGGAGUGAAGGUCCUCCAGGCCAGUAGAAAUCACCGUGACCAGGAUUACGAGAUCCAGCUGGUCAGCAGCCUCGCUGAAAGGCGCCUCAACGAGAAGUGGUCCUUUGCAGGAGCUGUGAUAUUUGGCUGUACUGUGGCACUGUGCUUUCUUAUUCGAGACCUCAUGUUUUACGUGAUUGGUGGAAUAACUGUGUCCAUCAUCGCAUUUGUCUUCACCAUAAAAUUCCUGUGCGAGCUUGCUGCACGGGUGGUCAGCUUUCUCCAGAAUGAGGACCAUGGGCGCCGUGGUGAUCGUAGCAUCUACGAUUAUGUACGGGGAAACUACCUGGAUCCGCGCUCUUGCAAGGUGUCUUGGGAUUGGAAGGAGCCCCAGGAAGUAGGGCAGACCAUGACCUUCCGUGUGCAGCUAUUUUAUAAAAAUGGACAGCCGUUCCCUGCUCACCGGCCAGUGGGCCUACGGGUGAACAUCACUCACCUGGAGUUGGCGCUGGACGUCCCCGUCACCCAGGAGGUGUUGCAGGAGCCUGAGGCAAACGUUGUGAAGGUGGCUUUCACUGUGCGCAAGGCAGGCCGCUAUGAGAUUGCUGUGAAGUUGGGUGGCCUCAAUGUGGCGUAUAGCCCCUACUACAAGAUCUUUCAACCAGGAAAUGUGGUUCCAUCCAAAACAAAGAUUGCGUACCACUUCUCUACACUGGUGCUAACAUAUGGCCAACAGCACACUCUACAAAUCGAACCUCGGGAUGAGUAUGGCAACCCUACCAGCAACUCUACAUCUCUUGUCGACGAAGUCAACUAUAGUGUCCACAUGCACUCAUUGGGAACAAUGGAUGAGAUCAGCGAUGAGGAGUAUUACAAUAAGUCAGUUUCAUCCAAUAAGCAACUCUGCCAGGUCAUUCUACGUCUCACCCUAAGGAAGAUGGGCUGCUUCAGAGCACGCAUCUCCUACAAGGACCAGCCACUCAGCAACGGAGAGUUUGACAUCAUUGUGCUCAGUGAAAACGAGAAGAAUUGUGUGGAGAAGAAUGUGUCCACACCAGGAAUCAGCAUCUACUUUGAGGCCUACCUGUAUGGCACGGGAAACUAUAGCACCCACUGCCAGUUCCCAGCAUCCUCUCUGCUGGCACCCCAGAGGCGCCCCUCCACGGGAGAGGAGGAAGAAGAACAUGACUCUCCAGUGGAGGGGCAACCGGAGAAGUUCAAGAAACCAAAAAAGGUUUACUGCUACAUAUCGCCAAAGCAACUCUCGGUCAAAGAGUUUUACCUGAAGAUUAUCCCAUGGCGCCUUUUCACAUUCCGUGUGUGCCCAGGAACCAAGUUCACCUAUCAUGGCCCUGACCCGAUCCACAAGUACUUGACAUUGGUGGUGGACGAUGGCAUCCAGCCCCCUCUGGAACUCAGCUGUAAAGACAGGAAUAUUAUGGCAGCCACCUUCAUCCGCUUCCUGCACAAGAACAUUGGUGGCUCAGAGACUUUUCAAGACAAGGUGAGCUUCUUCCAACGAGAGCUCAGACACAUGCACUCCAAACGGCCUCGCACGAAGACCUGCUUGAAGAUAUCUCGCCAAACCAUCCUUGAUUCUUCUCUGAAGGCCACCAGGAACUUCUCUGUGUCUGACUGGAGUAAGAACUUUGAGGUGGUUUUCCAGGAUGAGGAAGCCCUUGACUGGGGAGGUCCUCGUCGGGAGUGGUUUGAGCUGAUCUGUAAAAGUCUUUUCGACACCAACAAUCAGCUUUUCACCCGCUUCAGUGACAACAACCAGGGACUGGUCCACCCAAAUGCAGACCGUCCUCCGCUCCUCCGCCUGAAGGUGUAUGAGUUUGCCGGACGCGUGGUUGGUAAAUGCCUGUAUGAAUCGGCGCUGGGUGGUGCUUAUAAGCAGUUGGUGCGCGCCCGUUUCACGCGCUCCUUCCUGGCACAGAUCAUUGGCCUGCGUAUGAACUACAAGUACUUCGAAACAGAUGACCAAGAGUUCUACAAGACAAAGGUCUGUUUCAUCCUAAACAAUGACGUGAGUGAGAUGGACCUGUUGUUCGCUGAAGAGAAGUACAGCAAGGCAGGCCAGCUGGAGAAGGUGGUGGAGCUGAUCUCGGGAGGUGCCCAGAUUACCGUCACCAAUGAGAACAAGAUCCAUUACCUGAACCUGCUGGGCCAAUACCGACUGGCCAGCCAGGUGCGAGAGGAAGUGGAGCACUUUCUCAAGGGUUUGAAUGAAUUGGUCCCGGAGAACCUUCUAGCCAUAUUUGAUGAAAAUGAGUUGGAGCUGUUGUUGUGCGGUACAGGUGACAUUAAUGUGCAGGACUUCAAAGCCCAUGCUGUCCUUGUAGGAGGCUCGUGGCACUUCAGAGAGAAGGUGAUGAAGUGGUUCUGGGCAGUGGUGUCAUCCUUCACACAGGAAGAGUUGGCGAGGCUACUGCAGUUCACCACGGGUUCCUCUCAGCUGCCUCCGGGCGGGUUCAACACUCUCUGUCCCUCCUUCCAGAUCAUAGCAGCACCCACACACAGCACACUGCCCACAGCACACACCUGUUUUAACCAGCUAUGCCUCCCUACCUACGACUCCUACGAGGAGCUGCACAAGCUGCUGAAGCUGGCCAUCAGUGAAGGGAGUGAGGGCUUUGGCAUGCUCUGAACCCACCUCACUGCCUCUCAUACUAACCAGGAAGUGACAGAGUAAGGGUUGGAGGAGGGGACAAACUCCACACACUUAACGAAUAGACAUUGCGGCUUCUGUAUUCCAAUGGGCCCCCAUAUACCUGUCAGAAGAGGUUGCAUUUACAUCUUGAGGAAGUUUCCAGAAGCUUUGUGGCCCAGCCAACAACGAGCUUAUGUGUAUAUAUAUGCUGUGCGUGGAUAAUGCUGUUUUUCUUCCUUUUUAUACUGAAUAUGACACAAUCCAAAAGCAGUGGCCCAAUUAGUUUUAUUGUAGAUGCUUGAGGGAGGGUAAGGGUGAAUUUAGUAGCUGCUUAACUAGAGUAGUGAUGACCUAUUGCCAUUCUAAAGCUGGAGACAUUUAAUACAGAGUAGCAGCCUUCAAAAGGUGUGGCCAGGCCACACAUCCAUAGCACUUUGGCCUUAACUGAUCAGGUAAGGUUGUGUGUGUGUGUGUGUGUGCGAGUGUGAGUGUGGGGGUGUGUGUGCGCGCAUGUAUAGAAUUGUGUAAAUCCAUCAUAUUUGUAUGUAUAAUGUCAAUAUCUUUGAUGAUUUUGUGAUUUGGUGGCUCUGCUCUCAAUGAGGGAUGAACUUGGAACUUUUUUCUUUUGCUCUAAUGGGUGUGUUGCACUUCAACCAGAUUUACUUGGAAAUGGAAAACGGAGUGCUGACUGAAUCACUGCAGAGCGCAGCAGUUGAGUUGGUGGCUAAAUAUAAACAGCCUUUAUUGCUUCCAUCCAUGAGGAUGCAGUUCUGAAUGAUCUUUUUUUUUUAUUAUUAUUAUUUAAUGUUUUUAUUUACUGUUUUGUUUUAUUGUUCUGCCUUAUUUGAACAUGGUCCUGUUUGUUGUUUAUGGCCAUGAUCAUCUUUUGUGGAUGUGUAUUGUGUGUUGUGCACAGUUGUCAGUUGAGAUGGAAAGCUAAAAUUGAAUGGAGGGCCGUGGAGAAGGUGAUAGAAAGCUCCAGGUCUGUGAUGAACAUCUAUGCAUCUCCGUCAAGGACUCUGGCACUUGCAAAUAGCUGCCUGUAUGGCAAAAUGACGGUAGAGUCUGGCCACUGGAUUAUUACAGGACUUUCCAAAAGGUAAGAGAUUACUGCAUAGGAUUGAAAGGGUCUUUUGUGAAUUACUGUUUCUUUUGCUCUGCUCUUUUUGGCAUAUUUAUUUGUGUGGCAGGAACUUUCAGUGACCAAACUGUAAGUUGGGAAUAUACUUGUGUUUGUUAAUUCAUGUAUACCUCAUCCAUGUUGACAUUAUGAGCCUAAAGCCUACUGAAUGCUUGUGUUUUCUGUUUGUCCUUUUAUUUACUUGCUUAUGGUCUUUUGUGGUUCUCCAUUUGAGAUAGUGUUGUAUUUCAUUCAGAAGUUCAAAAGGGCAACUGGGCUAUUUAUGAAUGAAUUAUUGAAAGUCUGGAUCUGAAUAUGUCAUGAAGGAAAACUAGCACCACCCCAAAGGUACUAUAUUCACAUUCCACAGUAGGAGUGCUUCAGUAACGGUAAGCUUUUAUUUCAAUUUUCGCUUGAGUUAAUAUGAACCUUUACAGUUAAGAGCAGUGUGGCCAACCACAAUUUUUCUGUGGUCUAGUAACCCAAAGGAUUUGGCCAUUAUGAGAUUUCUCGCAACACAUCUUCGAGAAUGAGUUUGACCUUUCACCCUUGAGUCCUGAAAGCAUUACCCUAAAUUAUUGCCCUCUUCAUAAUAUGUUACUUAAAACUGAUUUUAGUUGGAUAUUUCCACCAAUUUAAAUUUCUCUUUUCAUAAUUAGAAUAAUAACACAUGAGCUGUAUGUCAGAAUUGAUGUCAGUAGUCAUACAUUCAUUACAACAUUGACCCCUGUUGAUCGGAUUCAGUAGCAGAGGCCAGUUAAUCAAGAGGCCUUCUAUGCGUAUACCCUAUUGGACUGUUUUCACCAUGGCAACAUCAGUUAAAAGCAGUUGCCUGUUUUUCUUUUAUUUAAUGGGAGGGAAGCUCGAUAUGAUAGUCCAUUGUCCCAUGAACUAUAAGAAAAGAGUGACCUUCCUCAUGUCACCAGCUGCAGUAAUGACAUACACAGUUAUUGAAGAAGUAGAAAUCCUGCACUUUUUACUUUUUUUAUGUCAUCUUUAGUAGUGGCUCCUAACCAUUUUGUGUUAUGAGUGGUAUAAUGUUUUGAGUUUCUUGACUCAAGGUUUUGACAUUUUAAACUCUUGUGAAUAUUGUGAUGGUUGAUAUGAGCUGUUCAAAUUUGAUUUUUUUUUUUCCUACAUUUGAAAUGGGAGAUUGACCAAUGUCAUCACUGAAUUUAUGAAAGUUAGAGUUUGUUUUCUCUUCACUGUCAUAAGCUAUGAUGGCGCCAUCAAUACCCCUGUUGAAUAAAUUAAAAACAAUAAACCACACCAGGGACAUGACCUUUUCAGGGUGUUACAAUUGUGUGGGAAUAACAACAUAAUGGCUCUUUGAUCACGGAUUACAUGACAAAUAAAUAAUCUGGACACAUUCUUAUCUGGAA